UGCGCUUGCGUCAGUAUUGAUUCACUCGAAACAGUGAGUUGCUUGUUGUGAGGCUUUGUAGUGGGAUGUGUUUCUGUUCAACGGCCUUACGACUCUCAGAAUCCCAAAAUAAACAUGCAGGACAAUAAGAGGUAAAUAUUCACUCAACUUAUCUAAACCAACACCACCAAAAUGGCCAACACAGCCCACUUGGUCAGACGACAGAGUUCCCGGGACCUCCAUGUCCAGCGUUCUAUAGAUCGAUUGGAACUCAAGGAGAUGAAGGGUCGUCUGGUCGUUGAGAACGGGAAUACAGGACCUGCCUAUGGCGCCACCAACAUGGCUUUCGAAGACACCAGUCCCAAUACCAAGAUAAAAUCUACGCUGAGCAGCAAAAGACCUUCAAUAGAUGGCAAGCCUAUUUUCAAGCCUGAGGGAGGAGAAGAUGAGAGAGAGUCUUGGGAUAAUAAACUGACGUUUUUGUUGGCGACCAUUGGAUAUGCAGUGGGUUUGGGGAAUGUUUGGAGAUUUCCGUAUUUGGCGCAGAAGAAUGGAGGAGGUGCCUUUCUAAUUCCUUAUUUCGUCAUGCUGGCCAUAGAGGGCAUUCCAAUUUUCUAUUUGGAGUUGGCGAUCGGGCAGAGACUCAGGAAGGGUGCUAUUGGAGUAUGGAGCCAAGUAUCGCCGUAUUUAGGAGGUAUUGGCAUCAGCAGUGCUGUGGUAUCCUUCAACGUUGCAUUAUACUACAAUACUAUCAUAGCUUGGUGUUUGUUCUACUUUGCUCAGAGUUUUCAGUCUGAACUUCCUUGGUCUGAGUGCCCAAAGGUUCAUUUUCCUAACGGAACCUACAUACUGGAUCCUGAAUGUAUGGUGAGCAGUCCAACGCAACACUUUUGGUAUAGAACCACCCUGAUGGUGUCUGAGGACAUCAGUACCCCAGAAGUUUUCAACUGGAAAAUAGCUUUGGCCCUAGUCCUCUCUUGGACAUUGGUGUACCUCUGCAUGAUGAAGGGCAUAGCAUCCUCCAACCUAAUCGUUUACAUCACAGCAACAUUCCCUUACAUGGUGCUCAUCAUAUUCUUCUUUAGAGGCAUAACUUUGAAGGGAGCUUAUGAUGGACUGCACCACUUGUUCACUCCCAAGUGGCACACCUUACUGGACCCUGUAGUUUGGUUAGAAGCCGGAACUCAAAUAUUCUUCUCUCUCGGAUUGGCUUUUGGAGGUCUUAUAGCCUUCUCCUCUUACAAUCCAGUAAACAAUAACUGCUUCAGAGACGCUAUCACCGUGUCGCUGACAAACUGUUUCACUUCCAUGUUUGCUGGGAUAGUGGUGUUCUCUAUAAUUGGAUUCAAGGCUACCAUGAUUUACGAUAAGUGCUUGGAUCUGAGGAACACCACCUUAACCAAUCUUUUCGGUCCUGAUUACAAUGAGAGAGACUUGCCACCAGCUGGAUCUUUCAUCAACGUGACCGUUAAAAAUGUCACGAAGUCGUUGAUGAUGCCAGAGUUGGAGGUGUGCGACUUGGAACGAGAAUUGGAUAAUUCAGCAUCAGGUACAGGACUGGCCUUCAUAAUUUUCACGGAAGCCAUCAACCAAUUUCCUGGCGCCCCAUUGUGGGCCAUCCUCUUCUUCUUGAUGCUCUUCACGCUUGGAAUCGAUUCGCAGUUUGGUACUUUGGAAGGAGUAGUUUCGUCAGUAUCGGACAUGAAGUUAUUCCCUAAUAUGUCGAAGCAGCAGCUCACAGGGGCGAUAUGUGGAGUAUGUUGCGUGUUAUCCAUGAUAUUCGCCCAUGGUGCUGGUAGCUACGUGUUUGUUCUGUUCGAUAAUUUUGCUGGAAACUUUCCCUUGCUCAUAAUAGCAUUCUUCGAAUGCAUCUCAGUCUCCUACAUCUAUGGACUCAAUAAAUUUGCUGAUGAUAUAGAAAUGAUGACAGGCUCACGGCCAGGCUUUUACUGGAUGCUCUGCUGGAAGUACCUUUCUCCUCUAGCUAUGAUUUCAAUUUUGGUGGCGAGUAUUAUUGAAAUAGCUACAAAGGGGUCAGGAUAUUCUGCUUGGUCAUCCAUUAAAGGUGAAACUGAAUGGCAUCAAUGGCCUUCUUGGGCUAUAGUUUUGAUAUUGGUACUUUUACUCGCUUCUACCCUUUGGAUACCUGGUGUUGCCAUUGCGAGAUUAUUUGGAAUCGUUGUGGUGGAUGAUUCAGAAAAGGCUUGGUUCCCUGCAGAUGAACUGAAAGAUUUCCAUGGCAUCAUGCCUCAUGAACCCACCCCUGCUGAGCAACUUUUAUUCUGCAUAAGGCCUGAUGGUUCUGAAGGAUUCUGUUGCGCUACAGCUCCUGACGAUUUCGACGAUUUGUAAACGGAGUUAUAUUGAUAACUAUUGCUUUAAUCAUUCAUGAUUACAUAUCGAUGUUGAUUCACAUAUCUUAACGAAUAUCAGUUUGGGACAAAUACUCCUUGAUUUUGUAAUUUUGAAUCCUCAAUUGACAUAUCUAAUGAAACUGACAACUUUCAUUUUUCUUGAUGAAGAAUACAGUUUCCAAUACAAGAAAAGUAUUUGUUGUGAAGUCAAAAUGAUUUUCACUGUCCUAUAUGAUUCUCUAAAUUAGGAAGAUUAGAUACGAGGCAAAAAAAGGAAAAAAAAAACGCAAAAAUUAAUGUGGAUAUAAACGGAACUACCUGCAAUGCAAUAAAAUAUUAUUGAAAAAAUAUGGAGCAUAUCAUUCGACAAA